UAGUGAUCAUGGGCAAGAAGGGCCGGACAAAGCACCAGAAAGAGUCACGUGACCCAGUGAAACAGAUCGGAUCGUGUAAGAAGUUCCACCCUGAUACUCUGACCAAGAGACUUGAAAAGAAGCAAGCUAACCAGAGACACAAACGGCAGAACGGCUUCGAGCAGGUACGGUCCCUGUCUGACUUGGUGGAGAAUGCAACAUCUCGACAAAAAACAUUCGAGAACACUAAUGGUGCAGCCGCCUCAGAAGAAGGAUUGCAGAUAAAGGAGGGGAUAAAGCGGUCGUUUUACAAGGAGUUUAGAAAAGUAGUUGAUCAGGCGGAUGUUGUAUUGGAGGUUCUUGAUGCUAGGGAUCCUGAGGGAUGUCGGUGUAAAGAUGCAGAGACAGCUGUGUUAGCAGACUACAACAAAAGACUUAUCCUCGUUCUGAACAAGAUAGACUUAGUUCCCCAAGAUGUGUCUAAAGCAUGGCACAAACAUUUGUCCAAACAGUUCCCCACCGUCCUGUUCAAAGCUAACACCCAGGCACAGAAAUCUAAUCUUAAACGGUCAAAUGUGGACGUGAUGGGAGUAAACCACAAGAUGUUUGCUACCAGUGCAUGUUUAGGGGCUAGGGAGCUUAACAAGUUAUUAGUGAACUACACCCGAAAUAAAGGAAUUCGGACGAGUAUUCGUGUGGGAGUUAUUGGGCUGCCUAACGUGGGUAAAAGUUCCCUGAUUAACUCUCUUAAAAGGAGUAGAUCGUGUAAUGUUGGCGCUAUCCCUGGGAUUACUAGAUCAAUUCAGGAGGUAGAGUUAGAUAAGAACAUCAAACUACUGGACAGUCCCGGAGUGGUUCUGUCAGAAAAUGUUGGCCCACUCGCAACCAUACAGAACGCAGUAAAGCUAGACAAUUUAGAAGAUCCUGUUAAACCUAUAGAAAUUAUAAUGGAGCAUUGCGGAGUAGCCCAGCUAGCAGAACAUUACCAAAUCGAACCCUUUACAACCGCUCAUGAACUGACCGCGUUACUGGCAUUCAGAUUUGGUAAAUUGGUGUCCGGUGGUGUACCGGAUACGACUGCAGCCGCUAGACUGCUACUCAAAGAUUGGAGUAACGGCUCUGUACAGUUUUACAUCAAACCACCCCCGGAGAACGCACCAAUACCCGCUCACGUAUCAGCUGAAGUUGUAACCACGUGGGCGGCGGAGUUCAGUCUUGACGACCUCGAAAUGCCGAAAGUUGAGGAUGAGAUGCGAGAUAACACUGAUGCUGCUCCAGCUCAGGAGCUAUCUGUGGUCUUCAAAACGGACAAACCACCUAAGGUGGAAGCUAUGGAUAAGUUGAUUGAGGACAAGCCUUACGAAAUGCCGCACCUUCAAAAUUCUAAAGUUAUGAAGAACAAAAAGCGUGGAUUAAAAAGGGAAAGAAAGAAGAUGGAUAAAUUUUCCGAUAUGUUUGAUAACGCUAUGAAUACUAUGAUGGACUGUGAAGAUCCUGAUGAAAUGAGUGAUGAUUCUGAUGAGUAACUUUUAGUUAAAAGUAAUUUAGAUCAGUUUCAUGGGAUUUGAAGUAUUUAUUUCAUUCUGAUAACUUAUUGCUGACGUGCUGCUGUAUAGAUUAUUUUAAGGCUUUUUAUUCAUUUAACAGUUGAA